CAAGCCUCGUGUAUCUUGCGAAACGACGCGUCAUGGGCAAGCGCCCUAGCCAGCCCGUGUGGACCGCGGCCCAGGUCGCGCUCGUGUACGAUAACUAUGGGUACGAUGUCGAGCCUGGCCCGUCAUCGCCGCCGCGGUCGUCGUCACCGUCGUGGGGAGUGUUAUUCAACCUCACGAAUGCCAUCGCUGGCGCAAGUAUUAUCUACAUCCCGCACGCCAUGGCGGAGGGAGGGUUCCUGCCGGUGUUGGGCCUACUGUUUCUGUGUGGGGGCCUCACGCUGUACGCGAUGAACAUCCUUGUUAUCUUGGGCCACCAUCACCACGCCCGAUCCUUCGAAGACCUUGCCCAGCUUGCGUUUGGCGUGCCAGGAUAUUUGGCCGUGUGCUUCUUCCAAUUCACGUUUUCGUUUGGCGCAAACUGCUCGUACUUGCUCGUGAUAGCAGACACGUUGCCCGUCGUACUGGGUCGCCUCUGCAAAAUGCACUUUGCCCAUGGCGAGCCCGUCCCAAGCUCUCAAACGCCAUGGUAUCUUCGACUCGCGACUGACCGCUACAUUUGCGUUACGUUCGUGACGUUCGUCGUGCUGUUGCCAAUUUGCAUUCAUCGCAGCUUUGCCAGCUUGGAAAAGUUUGCCGGUCUGUCUGUCGUUAGCGUCGUCUUUUGCACCGGAGUCGUCCUCUUUGAGUGCGUCUUCCACAAAGACGAGUACGUGGCCGACUCGCGCGGGUUCAUGUACGACUACAUCGAAGUCCACACCGACAUCUUCCCUGCCCUCGGAACGAUCGCAUUUGCAUACGUCUGCCAGCACCAAACGUUCCUCGUGUACAACACGAUGUUUCCUGCCACGCCGCGGGCGUUCGCGGACGUGUCCCGCAUUGGGGUCGCCGUGUCGGUCGUCCUUAUCUGCGCCCUGAGCAUUCCAGGGUACUUGCUGUUCCUGCAUGCGACGCGCAGCGACAUUUUCCUCAACUUCACCGACCUCUCAGACAAGCUCAUUCAAGUGUGCCGCCUUCUCACCGCUGUCAACAUGAUCCUGACGUAUCCGCAGGAGUUUAUGGUGGCGCGUCACACGGUCCAGCGCCUUGUCGACCUGCGCCAUGCCCGUCGGAGUGUUGUGGACCUGUUCCAAGAGCAAGCAAAACCGAUCAACCGACGGGCGGCAUGGCACGACCCUAUCGACGAGGACCUCCCGACGCCGUCGCCAUUACCGCCGUCGUCCGAGCUAUCGACACACGCGCAUGUGCUCGUCACGCUGUUCCUCUUGGCGUCGACGCUGCUAAUUUCAAUAGCGGAUCGCCGCCUCGGUGACGUGACGAGCCUCACAGGAUCCUUCAGUGCCGUCGCGCUCGCGUUUGUCCUUCCCGCGGCGUGCCACCUCAAGCUCCAGGUGCCCAUCAAAGAACGUGGUCAAUGGAAAGACCGCAUCUUCCCCUGGUUCACCAUCACGUUCGGCACAAUCGUGUUCUUUGUCAGCACCACCACGACCAUCCUCGCCAUUCACCGACGACACACGAGCGCAUUGCCCUAGAUGCCACAACAAUGUCCAUCGAGCGGACAUACUGGAGAGAACCCAUAACAUAACAAAUCCUUCCUUGCCUCGUUGAGUCGCGCAUGCUGCUGUCAGAACAGCCAUGAGCUUGCGGCAGCAAGUGUUCAGGCAUCAACGACAUCGACCCAGUAUCACGCU